UUUCUUCUUCUUCUUGUUUUUUCUUUUGGGCUUUAAAGAUUUGUCGAUUUUUUUUCUCCUUUUGAAUUCGAUAUGAUUAUAUUUUCUCUGAAUCUAUUUGUUGGGAAUUUUAAUGUAUUUGUUCUCUGAAUCUAUUCUUGUGUUUUGGUUGAUGAGCUAAUUAUUAAAGUAAUCAGUAGUAAUGAUCAUUUGGAUUUUGUAUGUGGCUUUGCUUAUCUUUUCUCUAUAGUUUAUCAGAAAAAUCAGAUUUAAUUGCCUUUUGAUGUUCUUGUUCUGUUUUGUGUCUCCAGAUGCAAGAAUCUCUUUGAAGUAAUUUGGAAUCUUUCUCCCCAAAUUUUAUUCUGGGAUAGUUUCAUAUUUCUGGCUGAUUCAUCUUACUUAUAUAUAAACAAUUAUAUAUAGCUAAGAUGGAUCAAAUGUCACCUGAUAACAUAAAUGGAGUCAUUUUAGCAGUGUCUUCAAGUAUCUUUAUUGGUUCUAGCUUCAUCAUCAAGAAAAAAGGUCUCAAGAAAGCCGGUGCAAGCGGUGUCCGAGCAGGUGAAGGAGGGUAUGGAUACUUGAAGGAGCCAUGGUGGUGGGCUGGAAUGAUAACAAUGAUUGUUGGGGAAGUAGCUAAUUUUGCAGCCUAUGCAUUUGCACCGGCUAUUUUGGUAACACCUUUGGGAGCUUUAAGUAUUAUAUUCAGCGCAGUGCUCGCGCAUUUUAUUUUGAAAGAGAAAUUGCAUAUGUUUGGGAUACUUGGUUGCAUUCUCUGUGUUGUUGGGUCUACAACUAUAGUCUUACACGCACCACAUGAACAGAAAAUAGAAUCAGUCAAGCAAAUAUGGCAGCUUGCUAUUGAACCAGGUUUCCUUGUGUAUUCUGCUGUGAUUGUGAUUGUGGUGGCUAUACUGAUCUUCUACUAUGAACCGCGCUACGGGAAGACUCAUAUGAUCGUAUAUGUCGGAAUCUGCUCCUUAAUGGGUUCUCUUACUGUUAUGAGUGUCAAAGCUGUGGCGAUUGCGAUUAAACUGACAUUUUCAGGGACGAAUCAGUUUAAAUACUUCAACACUUGGAUUUUCAUUUUAGUAGUUGCAACUUGUUGCAUUUUGCAGAUCAACUACUUGAACAAGGCAUUGGAUACAUUCAACACAGCGGUUAUUUCUCCGGUUUACUACGUUAUGUUCACAACAUUCACAAUCAUAGCUAGUAUGAUCAUGUUCAAGGAUUGGGCUUCUCAGAGUGGAUUAAAGAUUGCAACAGAGUUGUGUGGUUUUGUGACGAUUUUAUCAGGAACUUUUCUGCUUCACAAGACCAAAGAUAUGGGAAACAGUGCAAGUGGUCGUGGUUCUAUCUCAAUGCCUACUAGAGACACUCCUGUCUUCACUAAUUCAGGAUCCGGUCGGAGCUCCAGCUCUGAUAAAGUAGCUUCCUGAUGAUCUAACGGCUCAGAUUCCUUCCUGUUAGGAACCUUUUUUUGGUUUGUUUCCCACAUGAGGAUGUAAUUUUUACGACUAAAUUGACUUAAGAAAACAAGAGUUUAAUUUUUUCUAAGUAGAUGUAUAAUAAUGAUGUGCAUAUAAGUAACCGAACCAAAUCCAGAUUAUUAAUUCUUGAAUUUAAAUAUCCA